AUGGUUUUACAAGAAGAUGAAGAUUAUGUGAAUUUUCAACCUGGUGGAACACAUAUAAAAAAAACAAUCGAACCAGAAUGCACAGAGGAAGACCAAAAAGAAAAUAAAAAGGGUGGAAGAUGGAAUACCGUUCGUAAACUUGUGACCAGUGCAAGUCAACAUAUUAAUAGUUCACAAAUGUUGAGGUUAUCUAGCAUUUUCUCUAUAUUAGCUCAACGUCAUAAAAAUGUUAUUACGGCUGGUGAUAUACUGCUCGUUAUGAGAGCAUUAGGGGAUGCAUUAACAGAAGCUGAACUACAAGAUUUGAUCUUUGAGUUAGAUGUUGAUCGAGAUGGGAAAUUAGAUUUUUCAGAACUGUGCGCUUUUGUUGUUGAACGAAUAUACAAGAAGAAAUUAGAUCAUGAUUUUGAAGAAUUAUUUCGAAUACUAGAUCAAGAUGGUGAUGGAACACUGUCAAAAGAUGAUUUACGCAGUAUUUUACGCUAUUUUGAACUGGACUUCAGCGAUGAAAUAAUUGAUGAUAUUGUGAAAGAAAUUACUGGGUCUGAAAAUAACCUUAUUACCUAUUCAGAUUUGUUUAAGUUUAUUAUAGAUUCAGACAAGGAGUUUACUAUUACUGAAAUCUUGAACAAUCCUUUAUAA